CUUGUCUGCUUUUUCUCAGUUUUUCUCAAACCCUUACUGAUUCUCUGAUCGCAUUUGCAGGACUUAAAAAGCCACUUAUUCUUUUUAUUCAUUACAGCUUUCUUUGAUUUUUUUUUCUUUUUAAUAAUCCACAUGUUUCUGGUUGUCAUUAAGAUUUUUUUUUUUCCUCAUUUGCAGCAGCUGAAAGCCAGUAGUUCAUAUGCCGAGCAGAACUGCAUUCCAGACAUUGGAACCAAAGUAAUGGGUUGGUUUCCAAAGCAGGAACAGUGGUGCAGGGCUCAGGUGAUGAAAAUAUGUGGAGUGAGUAAAGAUAAAAAUGCCUCAGAUGGUGCUGAGAGGGAGACAUCCAUCAAGGUGGAGGUGAAAAGACUGGACCACGGUGACACUGCUUGUCUGUCUCUGUGGAAUAUAAAGGAGCUGCAACCACAAAUGGCUGCUCUGCCGCUUCAAGCACUACAGGUUUCACUGGCAAAUGUGACGCCUGUGAAUCAGACAGACUGGUCUGAGGAGGCAGUAGACUGGUUCAAAGCGAUGGUGCACAACAGGACGCUCUAUGCCAGACUUUAUCCUCUGGGGCCAAAAGUUCAGGCCGAGCUGUUCUUGGAAAAGGGAGCGCUAGGAGCUAUGAGGAGGGGUGCAUCACUGUCUGUGAGACUGGCCAAAAAUGGACAUGCAAAGCAUAACACACUGAGGAAUACCAGCCUCACAAAAAGAAGCACUGUUCAACUUAACAUGCAAAAACAGGAAUCUGACUGGGAGAAGUACCUCAUCUCGCGUUACACUCAUAAGAAGUAACUGAAAGUGGAGAAUGUGUUCCAUUUUGUUGCUGUAAUUAUCUCUUGCUUGUGUGACAGACAACUAGUGUCAGAUUUAAAAUACAAGUGGUAACUCUGCCAUGGAGCACACACAUGUAGACACUGAGACACUUAUUUAUUCUUAAAAGAGCAAAAAAUUGUCGUAUUUUGAUUGACCAUCUGUGUACAAGUGAACAUACAUUGGACUGGGUUAGGGCUGCACAUAGAUGGCCAUACAAACUGCAGUGAUCGGGCAAAAAAUAUUUAAAUUUAGAAAAAAAAUCUAAUCUAAAUAACUAUUCAGAACUGUAACUCUAGGAACUGACUAGACUAGUACACAUUAAGUUGCUUGUAUCAGCUUUCUUGUGAAUUUUUAAAUAUAAAUUUCAUUUUUAGCUUUAAAAAGAUUUUGACUGUUGUUGUUGAAGCAGUAAAAAACUGUCCAAAAGAUGUUUGUGUGGGGAUUUGGAUACCAAACUGUUUUUCUUGUUGUUUUAUUUGGAACUCCUUCCCUGUAAAGAGUUAUUUUUGUGGACAUUCUGUACUUUAAAACAGAAAAAUGUGUCUCUGGUUCUGAUUUUUCCAGCCACUAGAUGGUGCGAGUUCAGUCUGAUUCCCUGCCCUCUAUUAAGUGAUGCUUGGUUUCUCUGUAUGCUACAAACUGUAUUCAUUUUUUAUUCUAUUUCAUGUUAAUGUAGCACUUUCUUUUGAUGAUAAUCAUCAAGUACAAGCUGCCUUGGUUAAUAAUAAGUUCUUGUACAAUAGCCGAUUUAUAAUUUCUCUACGUAUACAUCUUUGCUUUUGCAAUAAAGACGUGUUCUGUGCUAUUGUACUACAUGAUCUGUGCCUCUCCAUUCUGUAGAGAGAAUGUAAAUGAGCUUUAGUCCAUUCAAAAGAAUUACCAGGCCACCCAAACCCUCCCACUGCGCUUGUCACAAGUGACGCAGAGAUGCUCACAGCGCAGUGAACCGCUGUAGGUCAUUUGAUGGUGCAUGACAAGCGACCACAUUGUGCUUUCACUUGCAUGCAGUUUGUUGUUACUGUAAAUUAUUGUUUGUACUGUUGUGAGAAGGAGUGUGACCGGAACAAACUGUGAAAUCUCCGUUAAUAGUGCUGCAUAAGUAA